CGAGCCGCGACAGUUUUUUCAGUACACGAGAGAUGCAUGAUACGAGCAGCAGUAUGAAAGCAGUACUUUGGAUUUGAUCCGGUAUAAUCUACAACGAGCAUCGCUGUAGCAUCAAAAGUAGAAGUUCUUUUCAGAUCGCGGCUUCGCAAAUGUAGAAGUAAUCAACGUAAUCAACUUAGUUCGACAUCAAAAAAGAGACUUUGAAAAGAUCACACAAACGGAAACGAUUAAAGUCGAAGGAAAAGGCCUGAUCGUCCUCAAUGCGACUUGUAAUAAUAGAACAGAUCAUCACCUAAAAAAUGAGGGUUCCACUUUUGGAGUCAAAAAUUAACAUGUCAUGUUCCGAACAUCCCCCCGAGUGUGCCUCGGAACCGGCACGGAAUGCCCGUUGUCUCGCACGACAGACGGCAAACGAGGCAACAGCAAGACGUCAGAGAUGCCAGAAAAGAAAAGCGCUCUUGUCAUCCGACAUCACACGCGCGAUUCCCUCGAAGAUGCAUAGGCGUCAGCGAAUGAGGGACCAUAAAUCACGGACCAAAACCUCAAGACAAGGCCUCGCGUCUCUACUGGCCGCGCUUGUAACUAACCUCGUUGGACGACCUGAUCAACAAUACGUGGGUGUUGAGUUAAGGGUUGAAACGUUUCAUUUUUACAAGCCUUCUCUACUUGAAAUGGCUACUAAAAAAACGAAAUGCUUCAGCCUUUAAUUGAAGCAUGGACAGACUCAGGGCAUAUGAUCAUCGCACGGAUGGCAGCAGAUGGGUUGGACAGCAGGAAACUCGCAUUCUUCCACAACAUCACCAACGCGCUCUACAGUGAUGUGGUGAAGUCAGCGCGAACCGGCGACUUCGUCAAGCCAGUGGAUACUUUGUGUUAGGGCAGUCGUUGUUGUAGAAGCUCAUCAUUCAUCAGAAUGGCAUAUGUUGCUUUUAGUAUACUUCUAAAAAGUCUAAUCUUUACAAUUUGUCCUACUUCAUGAUGUUCAAGCUCUUCAGCCAGUACUGUGCUCAAGUUCAUCUAGUGACUACUUCUGCUGAGUGCUACUUCUGCUAAGUGCAUUGAUUCGUCCUCCUCUUCCACUUCGCUCUCCUGAUCUACUUCUAAUAGUCGGGCGUCGCAAGCUGGGAGGAUAAUAUCGAUAUGGCAUUUCAUUUCCAGAAGGGCUGGCACUAUGCGGAUUCCAUCGUCAAGCUUGACGACCAAUGCAAGUUACCGACGGAUGGGAGUAGCAGUGAUGUUCGAGACGAGAAGCUGCUGAAAAAACUCAGUGUCGAUAGUUUUAGUCGGAAAGAAGGAGAUGGCAGUGGAGAUACUGAUGGAGAUCAACAUGGUGACCACUCAAAAACGUCAACGCUUCCUGCAACCACUUUGGGACAAAACUUGCUGUCCAGUCGUCGCAGUUUAGUCGUGAGGGAUAACCAAGAAGCCGCGCCGUGGACCAAGAGGACGAGAAAACGACAAGCAAGAAGUGCUAUGGAGACAGCAGCUAAUAUUCUCGAGGUUGAUGCUCAUACUGGUAUUACAAGUACUGCUCGUGGAGGUCAAGGAGGUCCGAGCCCAGUAGUUCAAGAUGUCAUUUUUGGUUUGACGUCAGCCUAUUAUGCGAUCACAGGCGAGGUGUCGAAGUGGAACGAUCCAGCAAUAUCGAGAUUUCAGCAAGCCUAUUGGAUGCGGUCGCUCGUACCACUACUUGACUAAAAGAUUCUUGGCUUUGUUGAUAGUAGUACUACGAGAUAGAUUCUUGGUGGAAGUUCUUCUGGCACUCCUAGUCCCGCUUGUGAAUUCUGAUACUUUUAUCGAAGAGAAUCAAGAUAAACUACCACGACGCACAACUUGCUCAAAGACCCCUAUCUACUCAUCUCAGAUUCAUUUUCUUGGCGACGUCCAUCAACCGCUGCAUGCGGCUACUGGCUGUAGCGCUGCGCAUCCUGAAGGAGAUAUGGGUGGGAAUUUGUUCAAGAUUCAAACCAAUAUUCGCAACGAGUUUGAAGGCCAUGCCGAUUUCGUGGCUGAGCUACACCUUUUGUGGGAUCUGGCUGGCGGCACCUACGCAGCAGGCCCAAACUGGCCAUUAAAUGCGACGAUGGAGAUCUUCGUGGCGGAGGAAGCGAAGGUACUCAUUGUUAUUUGAAUUGGGAUUGAUUAAACUGGCGACUUCAACUCAAGAACAAGAAGAAGGGAGGUUGUAGAGUUUCGUACCCUUAAGGGUAGAUGAAGCGAAAGAUGAGAAAUGAUGAGCAUGAAGAAGUUGAGGAACACAAUUUGAGGAACACAAUUUCUUCGAAGGAACGUUUCUUCUCGUCACUACCUCACACCACAGCGUCUCCGCAGCACUUACGAAGUGCAAUAUGGCUCGGAGGUUGAUGCGAUGAAGAAAGGAAAACCUGUGGCACUUUUUAUUCAAAUGCGGAAAGAGUCAACAGCUUUGGCGCAGUCGGUUGCAUAUGGAAAUGUUAUGGCUGCACAUGAUUAGACUCGAAAGAGCACAAUCAUCAUGAUAAUUUGGUCAUUUUUUAUUCUUGCAAAUCAUGAUCUGUCAACAUUUUACUAGUCUUCAACAAGUACUAGUUUCAACAAGUUGAUUUUCUACUUAAAUUGAUUUCUAUCUCUACUUCAUCUAAUUCUAGCAUCAUCGAGAACGAUCUUGUAUCUGACAGCUACUUGGAAAAAGCUCGACAGACCUCAGACGAGCGGAUAGCAAGGGGUGGCUUUCGUUUGCAAGGUUUUCUGGAAAGAAUGUUCGAUUUGCUGGAAAAACAAGACAGAAUAAAAGAGUGGCUGCCGGAUGAUGGAACGCGCAAGGAGCAUGGAAAUCAUGGAGCAGGAGCUGGGGGCGAUGACGGGGCAGCUGCCGAGGUGUGGAUGUAAUCUUGAGUCAUUGUGAUCAUGUGUGUGACCUACUUUUUGAAUAGACAGAUAGAGACACACCUUUGCCAGGCUUUGAUGGUUCACGCGAGUUAUAAUUGACUCUACACAAGUAACAGAAGACGAGUGAUAUCGUCCGACUAUCAUCAAUCGUAGUGCGAGUGACUCGAUGCACAAUUCGGC